ACAAAAGUUGUCGCGUUUUUGAAACAGCACCUCCAAGCCGGUUUACCAACAUGAAAGUUUGGAUUGCACAGCAUCUAUUUGUGGUGAUCCUUGUGUCCUCGGCGGUGCCAUUGACUGAUGCCUUGGGCAGCACCGUGUGUGCGGAUCGCUUCAAUGGCCUGUCGUUCGCGGAUCCCGCCAGUUGCUCCAGCUUCUUUGUGUGCCAGCGUGGUAAUGCCGUUCGGCGCGAGUGCUCCAAUGGCCUGUUCUACGAUCCAAAGAUCCAGACGUGCAAUCUGCCCGGACUAGUCAAAUGUUUCAACGGGGAUCGCGGCGGUGCUGUGCUGGGUGAUGUCAAAGCCAACGUCACCGGAAAGGCCAAGGAGGAGGCCACCGCGACGACAACACAAACCACCACUAAUCCACCGACGACGACAGUGACACCGGCAGUGACCACCAAGAAAUCGAAACUUAUGCUCGAUGCCGAGGAUGCAAAUGAUGGCCAUUCCAUGUUACAUGUUACUCCGUAUCCACUCAGCAACAGAAUCGAUGUGCUGAGAUCCCAGAGCGAUUGCCGUGGAAUAAACGAUGGCGAGUACUUGACAGAUCCCAAACAUUGCCGUCGUUUCUAUAUGUGCCAUAAGAAUCGGGUCAAGCGCCAUAAUUGCCCACGGAAUCAGUGGUUCGAUCGGGAGACGAAAUCCUGCCAAGAUCGCGAGUUGGUACUGAACUGCCCAGUCAAUCGGAAUUAGUCGUGUUUUCCAAUAGCGGAUACAAUAUACAAUGGUUGCCAUAGUAGCAUAUGUGGAUAUCGUAAUUAAUGUUCAAUGAUCUUGGUUCUUGGAUCCCAAAAUAUCAGUUUAUAUCAGAUAUAUAAAUCAAUUAUAACACCCAUUGGUAAAAUAAACCAAAGCAACAUUCGAAAAAAUGCAGCAUGAAAA